AUGAGUGGAGCCAACUGCUCCGUGGUAUCUGAGUUCGUGUUCCUGGGGCUCUCCAAUUCCUGGGAGAUCCAGCUUCUUUUUUUCUUUUCUUGUAUUUUCUAUGUGUCGAGUAUGAUGGGAAACCUCCUUAUAGUGGUCACUGUGACCUCUGACCCUUACUUACACUCCCCCAUAUAUUUUCUGUUAGCUAAUCUCUCCAUCAUUGAUCUGAUAUUUUGCUCUAUUGCAGCACCCAAGAUGAUCUGGGAUCUUUUCAGGAAACAAAAAAUCAUCUCCUUUGGGGGCUGUAUAGCUCAGGUCUUCUUUAGCCAUGCUGCUGGGGGCACUGAGAUGGUGCUGCUCAUCGCCAUGGCCUUUGACAGAUACGUGGCCAUAUGUAAGCCUCUCCACUACCUGACCAUCAUGAGCCCACGAGUGUGCAUUUUGAUUUUAGCGGUUGCCUGGACCAUUGGUCUCACUCACUCAUUGGCCCAGUUGGCCUUUGUGGUAAACCUGCCCUUCUGUGGCCCUAAUGUCUUAGACAGCUUUUACUGUGACUUGCCUCGGCUCAUCAAACUUGCUUGCACAGAUACCUAUAAACUGGGGUUCAUGGUCACUGCUAACAGUGGGUUCAUUUCCUUGGGUGCUUUCUUCUUGCUCCUCCUCUCUCACAUCUUCAUCCUUGCCACUCUUCAGAAACACUCCUCAGGGGGUUCACCCAAGGCUCUUUCCACUCUGUCAGCUCAUAUUAUUGUGGUGGUUUUCUUCUUUGGCCCAUUGAUUUUUUUCUAUAUGUGGCCUUCUCCUUCACCACAUGUAGACAAAUUUCUAGCCAUAUUUGAUGCAGUUUUAACUCCUUUUCUAAAUCCAGUCAUCUACACACUCAGGAACAGAGAGAUGAAGAUGGCAAUGAGGAGAAUGUUCUGUCAGCUUAUGCAGUUUAGAAAAAAUCACUAA